AUGAGACGUCCAGUUGUCCAGUCGGCCUUUGCAAGCCUCAUCGGCAUCGGCAUCGGCAUCGCCAGCGCCAGCGCCAGCGCCAGUGAACGCGAUCCGCCUAAGCUGGACGACUUCGAUUGGACGACAAUCACGCCCUCGACCAAGCUGGUAUACCACCCUUGCUACGAAGAGUUCCAAUGCGCGAGGCUCAAAGUGCCCCUCGACUGGCUCGAUGAGACAAACGAGCACACGGUGGCGCUGGCCAUCACGAAGCUCCCGGCCAAGGUCCCCGACGACGACCCGGCCUUUGGCGGCACCAUCUUCACAAACCCGGGCGGCCCCGGCGGUUCCGGCGUCGGCCUCAUGCUCCGGGAGGGCCACAUCUUGCAGGAUACCGCGGACGCCGCCAAGAAGUACGAGAUCCUCAGCUGGGACCCGCGCGGCAUCCAGUUCACGUCGCCGAGGGCCGAUUGCUACGAGGACCUGCUCGCCAGGGACACGGACAGCAUCCAGCGCUUGGCCAUCGGCCCUCUCGACUCCAGCCCCGACGCGUUGCGGCGCCAUUGGGCGCGGACCCAUGGCUACGGCAAGCUGUGCACGCAGAACGCCGGCAACGGCUCCAUCAUCCCCUACGCGUCCACGGCGUCCGUCGUCCGUGACAUGGUGGAGAUGCUGGACAAGAUCCAGGAGCUGCGUGACGAGGAGGCCGCCGCAAAGGGUGCCGCCGGGGACGAGAGGGCACAGAAAUCCCUGGAGCUGCGCAGCGCCGCCAAACAAGUGCCGCGUAUCCAGUACUGGGGCUUCUCGUAUGGCAGCAUUUUGGGCAACACGUUUGCAUCCAUGUACCCGGGCCGCGUUGGCCGCAUCAUCGUCGAUGGCAUCGCUGACCCCGAGGAUUACAUGGCGGGGGGGUGGAGGACCAACCUUCAAGAUACCGAGGAGCUCGUCAAGUUCUUUUACGAGACGUGUUUUGCGUCCGCGGGGAAGUGCGCUCUUCGCCGGCCCUCGGACAAGAACUGGCAGGACAUCAGGCGCCGUGUCGAGGACCUGGUCAAGCAGCUGGACGACGCGCCCGUCGCGGUGCUCGACGGCAAGCUCACCAACAUCCUGACGGGAUACGACGUCACGCUGUCCUUCAAGAACCCGCUCUACACGCCCUACCGGGAGUUCCCCAAGCUCGCCGAGAAGCUCAACUCGGCCAUCGAGGGGAACUACACCGCCCUCCUCGAGGCCGCCAAGGCCGGCAUCCCGAGGCUCGACCAGGCCUGCUCCCACCCCAACGCCUCCGACUCGUCCGCCACGUUCGGCGACGGCGGCCAGGCCGUCCUCUGCUCCGACGGCGAGGACAGCACCAACUUCACCGUCGCCGACUACCAGGCCUACGUCUCCGAGCUCGAGUCCCAGUCCCCGACCUUCGCCGGCUACUGGUCCCAGAUCCGCCUCGCCUGCACGGGCUGGCGCGCCCGGCCCAAGUGGCGCUUCGCCGGCCCGUUCGCGACGCCGGAGCACGACCCGGCUGGCGUCGAGGGCAGGCCGGCGGCGCCGCUGCUGUUCAUGUCGUCGCGGCUCGACCCGGUGACGCCGCUGAGGAACGCGUGGAAGGCGAGCGCGCAACACCCCGGGUCGGCCGUCGUGAUCCAGGAGUCCGUCGGCCACUGCGCCAUAGCCACCGGCAGCCGGUGCUCGACCGAGAUCAUCCAGAAGUACUUUGAGCACGGGACCGUGCCGGAGAGCGGGACGGUGUGCCAGGCUGACUGCGACGUCUGGGGCGGCGAUGCCUGCCUGCCGUCGGGCAUGGGCAUCAGAGUGGCGCCUCUGGCGCCGCCGCACGACAGAUCCCACCCGCUCGUCUUCUAG